GACAUAUAUGAGUGACGUUUGAAAGUUCUGCGAGAAAAUUAAUUCGUGAAAACACAUUUUCAGGAGAAAAAUCAUAAUUUUUUGUACUCAAUUUUGAUACCUUCGCCCCCGUGGGAAUUGUUGCAAAAAUGUCGGAAGUAGUUAUAUCGUCGCGUGCUUACACAAAAAUGGUGUUUCACGCCGCAAAGUAUCCACACUGUGCCGUGAAUGGGAUUCUGCUGGCCAGCAAGGAUGCCACCAAGUCCCGAAACUAUGAGAUUGUCGAUGCAAUCCCCCUCUUCCACAUAUGCCUUCAUGUUACCCCAAUGGCUGAGGUUGCCCUCGUUCAGAUUGAAGCUGCUGCAGCUGAUGAUGAUCUUCAAAUCUGUGGGUACUACAGUGCAGCUGAGAAUUGCAAUGAUAACACCCUCGAGAGGGCACCUGGACUGAAGUUGGCGGAAAAGAUUGCAGAAAACAUUCCCAAUGCAUGUUUUGCAGUGAUUGACAAUCGUGCUGUUUGCCUAAAUAUGGAUCGUUCAGCGGUGCGUUUGUGGCAGAAUGCUGAAAAUAGAUGA